CAAGACACCACACACCUCUUUGUCAGAGAGAGAGCUGGCAAGGCAAGAUGAAGCUUUGGGCUGGUUUCCACCUGAUCUUCCUGGUUGCUAGUUCUGUGGAGGGAGAAGUCUCAAAUCAUGGCACUGGAGGACUCCAAGACACUGAAGCCACUUGUUGUGCACAGUUGAAGGGCUUAACACAAUGCGGAAAGGACAAGAUUCUUCUCCAAGGUCAGGCUGGGAUACCUGGAAUUCCAGGUGUGCCAGGAACAAAUGGAUCACCAGGGCUAAAGGGUGACCCAGGUCCUCAGGGGCCCCCAGGUGAAAGAGGAUCUGCUGGGAUAACUGGAAAAGCUGGACCAAAAGGAGACAAAGGAGACAAAGGAGAUGCCUGCAGUUUAGACAAUUGUCAACCGAAAGAGACAGAAGCCAGAAACUGCAAAGACCUCCUGGAACGUGGGGAGACCCUGAGUGGCUGGUAUACAAUCUACCCAACCAAGGGGAACCCGAUGCUGGUUUUCUGUGACAUGGAGACAGAUGGAGGAGGCUGGUUGCAAUUCCAGAGGCGGCAGGAUGGGUCUGUGGAUUUCUACCGUGACUGGGAAUCAUACAAGAAAGGAUUUGGGAGGCAAGGAUCAGAAUUCUGGCUGGGCAAUGAUAAGAUCCAUCUUCUCACCAGCUCUGGAACACAGCAGUUGAGGAUUGAUCUUGAAGAUUUCAAUGGUGUCAAAACCUUUGCAACAUAUUCCAGUUUCAGAAUCACAAAUGAAAGUGAAAAUUACAAAUUAAUAUUGGGUUCCUAUUUGGAUGGCAACAUGGGUGAUUCUCUCUCUGCACACAAUGAAUAUGCAUUCUCUACCAAAGACAGAGACAAUGAUAUCUAUGAUGGAAAUUGUGCCGUAAGUUUCAAAGGAGCCUGGUGGUACACUAAAUGCCACUCUUCCAACCUGAAUGGCCUGUAUCACAAAGGCGAACAUACCUCUUAUGCUGAUGGCAUCAACUGGCAUGCUGGGAAGGGGCAUAAUUAUUCUUACAAGUAUGCGGAUAUGAAAAUUAGACCACAAUAAAUGAAACCACAAUUUCACAGAUUCAUCAACAUGACCCAAAAUUCUUCUUCUUCUCUAUUUUCUCCUGGGGAAAGAAAAAUUAAAUGCAGCAAAUCUUUAAAACUGCUCCUUUGUGUGACUGUUCUCUCUUGUAGAAAUCCCUUUUUUAUUUAGAUGGGGAUGGGGUUCAAACUCUUUUCCUUCUUCAUUUUCCUUUUUUUUUCCCUGAGGAGAGAGUGUUCCUCAAUGUGCUACAAAGCUGAUGUUUAUUGAUCUAUAAUCCAUAAGUAGGUAAAGUAGCACAAUAGUUUCUACUCAUUUGUGGGUCUCUGCUUUAUGAAUCAACUUCAGUAAUAGGAUUCACUUGGACCUCUGUCUUGGGUAAAGCAUCCUUGGAAGGUUUUUAUAAAUGAACUGCCUUAAAAUGACUAAGUUGGCAGAAGCAAUAUCAGAGAUAACAAUGUCAGUGUUUUUUAUGCUCAAGGAAAUCUGACAAAGAAUGUAACUCAGAUCAAACCUGAGAAUCUACUUGUAAAGAGAAAAAUUAUCUUUGCUUCCUUCCAGCUGCUGAUUCAGUCACAUCAUUCACACUUAAUAGGAAGUCUAACUCACUAAAUAAAUUGGUCUGACUUGUUUCUGUA